CUUUGGAAAGGCGACCUGCGAGGCGCAUGGUGGAGAGCUACUCCUGCGCCUUUGGUUUAGCAGCAGACGCGCAGCUCCGGGCAGGAAGAUGAGUGGCUUGGAUGUGUUUUGCCAUCCCGUGUGGGCCAUUUCAACCGCGCUACUGGCGCUGUUUGUGCGCACACAGCGCAAUAACGCACGAUGGAAUCCGGGGACCUGCGAGGUGCGGCUGACUGGGAAGACUGCUAUAGUGACAGGAGCCAAUACAGGGAUUGGGAAGUUCAUUGCCCUGGACUUUGCACGCCGUGGGGCCCGCGUCAUCCUGGCCUGCCGGAGCGAGGUUCGGGGCACAGCAGCGCUAAACGAAAUCAGGGAGAAAACAGGAAACUCUGACGUCCAUCUACGUCUGGUUGACCUCUCCUCUCUGGAAUCUGUCAGAGCAUUUGCUAAGAGGAUUCUUGAGGAAGAGAAAGCUCUCCACAUCCUCGUCAACAAUGCAGGAGUAUCAGGCUUACCGAAGCAGAUAACCAAAGAUGGGUUGGACGCGUCUUUUGCCACCAACCACCUGGGACCAUUUCUUCUCACCAACCUGCUGCUGGACCUGAUAAAGCGUUCAGCUCCGGCCCGUAUUGUGACCGUCAGCUCCACCAACCACAAGAAGGGUGAAGUGAACUUCUCUCACUUUAAAGGCGAAAACCUACGGUAUCACUUCGAUCAAGUCUACAACCACACUAAGCUGCACAAUAUCAUCUGCACCAACGAGCUGGCGCGCAGGCUACAGGACACGGGUGUCACUGCAAACUCAGUCCACCCCGGUGUGGUCAUGACAGAAGUGAUGAGACACUAUCCGCUGUGGAUCCGCUGCAUUUUUAAUCUAAUCGGGUUUUUCUUUUUCAAGUCUUCAGAAGGCGGUGCAGUCAGCCCCAUCUACUGCGCUGUAGCAGAGGAACUGGAGGGAGUCACUGGGAAGUAUUUUGACAGCGACUGCUCCCUCGUUCUUCCCGCCCCUUUAGCUCGAGACGCUGCCCUCGCGGUCAAGGAUUUUGAUGUCUGUGAGAAACUGACAUCAAAGCUCUGAAGCAACAACCUGGCAAGGCUUGAUAAGAGAAACAAGGUCAAAUUCCACAUUCUGAUUGCGCUUCCAAGCCAGUGCAGAUCUGAUGUAAUGUACCGAGCUGUCUGUAGAAUGAGCAGGUGAAUUGUAGGGAAUCUGCAGAAACAUCAGCUGGCAUGCAUAUUCUAUCAAUCCACAGGUUUCCUAUAAAUGUUACCCGACUAUGACCACUUCAUGUAUUCCAUCCUUUAUAAAGAAAUAAAAUGGAAAAGCUUCUUCUUCUCUUUCCUGCAUUGCUUUGACUAACGAUCUAAAUGUGGUUAACCGCAUGAAAAAGAAAUUCUUGCAACAGUCGCCAGGUCAGAGUAAUUGUCAUUCCGGAAAUAGUUUUCCUCUUUGAUGAAAGUGCUCAACGGCCCAUUAACAUGUGUGUAUACAUGAAAUAUAAAGACAAAUGCUGACACCAUGUGGCAAACAGGCCGAUGUGCUUGCUCAGAAAUAACAAGUCCAAGUUACGCAAUCACAUCAUUUUAUUGACUAAAAUCAUUAAAACACAAUAAAACAUUUGAGCAUCCAGUACUUUUUGAAGAGUUUAUACAGUGUUCGUCCCCCUGUGCCCUUGGCUUCCUAUUUAGCUGCAGAGACAGAGAUAGUGAGAGAACAUUGUGGUUAUUGAAGAUGUUUUUAUCGCUUGUGAGUAUGUGUCUAAUAAACAUAAAAGAGAUCAAGG